CCGAGGUACGAGCAGGGUGCGCGUGAAGAGGUGCAGGGUGUCUUCUCCCGACGCAUUCCAGUACCUGUGCGUCCCCUGACCCGACAGUAUGAAGGAGACGCCACUCUCAAACUGCGAGCGCCGCUUUCUACUCCGCGCCAUCGAAGAGAAAAAGCGGCUGGAUGGCAGACAAACCUAUGAUUAUAGGAACAUCAAGAUCUCAUUUGGAACAGAUUAUGGGUGCUGCAUUGUGGAACUUGGAAAAACAAGAGUUCUUGGACAGGUUUCCUGUGAACUUGUUUCUCCAAAACUCAAUAGGGCAACAGAAGGUAUUCUUUUUUUUAACCUUGAACUCUCUCAGAUGGCUGCCCCAGCUUUUGAACCUGGCAGGCAGUCAGAUCUCUUGGUGAAGUUGAAUCGCCUCUUGGAAAGAUGUCUAAGAAAUUCGAAGUGUAUAGACACUGAAUCUCUCUGUGUUGUUGCUGGUGAAAAGGUUUGGCAAAUACGCGUGGACCUACAUUUGUUAAAUCAUGAUGGAAACAUUAUUGAUGCUGCCAGCAUUGCUGCAAUUGUAGCCUUAUGUCACUUCCGAAGGCCUGAUGUCUCUGUCCAAGGAGAUGAAGUAACACUGUAUACACUUGAAGAACGUGAUCCUGUACCAUUGAGCAUCCACCACAUGCCCAUUUGUGUCAGUUUUGCCUUCUUCCAGCAAGGAACAUACUUAUUGGUGGAUCCCAAUGAACGAGAAGAACGUGUAAUGGAUGGCUUGCUGGUGAUUGCCAUGAAUAAGCAUCGAGAGAUUUGUACCAUCCAAUCCAGUGGUGGGAUAAUGCUGCUAAAAGAUCAAGUUUUGAGAUGUAGUAAAAUAGCUGGUGUGAAGGUAGCAGAAAUUACAGAGCUAAUACAGAAAGCUUUGGAGAACGACCAGAAAGUUAGGAAAGAAGGUGGAAAGUUUGGCUUUGCAGAAUCUAUAGCAAAUCAAAGGAUCACAGCAUUUAGAAUGGAAAAGGCCCCUAUUGAUACCUCCGAUGUAGAGGAGAAAGCAGAAGAAAUCAUUUCUGAAGCUGAACCUCCUUCAGAAGUUGUUUCGAAACCUGUGCUGUGGACUCCUGGAACCGCCCAAAUUGGAGAGGGAAUAGAAAACUCCUGGGGUGAUCUUGAAGACUCUGAGAAGGAAGAGGAAGAUGAAGGUGGCAGUGAUGAAGCUAUUAUUCUUGAUAGUAUAAAAAUGGACACGGGAGAAGUCUCUAAUACUGGAAGCCAAGAUGCCCCUAUAGUGCUCUCAGACAGUGAAGAAGAAGAAAUGAUCAUUUUAGAGCCAGAUAAGAAUCCGAAGAAAAUAAGAACACAGACCAUCAGUGCAACACAAGUAAAAGCACCAAGUAAAAAGCCAGUGAAAAAGAGAAAAAAGAAGAGAGCUGCUAAUUAAAGUUCACAUAGUUGUAUAUUUGUGUAUAUAACUAUUAAAAAGGUAUUUAUUCAGUGCUAACAACCUUGGGUAUUAUUCACAAACCCAUUAUAGAAUCUAGUUCUUUACAUUAUUUUUACAUUAUGCUUUAAAAUAAACGUCUGGAGAACUCUUUAAAACAGGUUUUAAAUAACUGUCACUUUGGUUAGGUCAAGUGUAGUAAAAGUUGAUGAAUGAAAAAGCAUUUUCAUAGUGUGUACAAAGACCUGAAAGAGUCUUCUUACAUUAUGACCAAGUCAGACAGUUGGCCCCGUUCCUUAGGGAGGUGAAUGUCAUCACCUGUGUGUUGGAAGGAGAAGCCUUCCCAGUCCCCAUGCUUUAAUAAACAAAAUUAAUUUUUCUGAGUGACAUUCUGAAGUCAAAUUUUUACCUCAA